CCGCGAAACCCUUUCAUGGCGGAGUGUUGUACCGCGAAAGGAAAAUAGCAGUAAUACGUUGUCAAUGGAUGAUGUUUGGUGAACGAAGUUAUACAAACGGGUACCUAGGAUACUAAGUUAAUGUCAGAUUAUGAUGGUAGCCGCUUCCACGCCGAGCAGCAUGGAUCUGACAGUCCUCUUGACAACGCUCGAGUCCAAGAAAAGCAAUCUGGAUGAUAAGAUCGAAGCCUACACAACUCUCUCAACACACUUGCGAGAAAAUGAGUUGAGUUUUAUCAGCCUUGACCUGACAAAACAGACUGACCGAGUGUUGUCAGUGCUGAAGAAGGAUGUUCAGAAUGAGUCCAACGCUGUCCGCCAGGGGGCGCUGCAGGUGCUCGGCUUCUGUCUCCACGAUGCAGAAAUAGUCAGGUUCCUGAAUCCGGCCACCAGCUGCGAGCUCCUCACACUGCUGCGACAAUGUGUGGAGAAGACAGAGGACAAGACGACCGCCACUCGGGCACUGUGGUGUCUCAGCAAACAGACUCUAGCUGAAGCCGUUGUCGUCAAGGAGCUGCCGAUGUUGCUGGCCACGUGUGACCUUGCCUUCACCAAGUGGAAGAACCAGUCGACUGCCGUGGAAUACGAAGCCCUCAAUGUUGUCACGAGGCUUGUGGAGCAGACUCCCUCUGAGAUGAAGUCCAGUUGUCUGAAGUGGGCCAAGCUGGUCGUACCUCUUGUUGCUCACCCCGCCAUCAAGAUCCGCGAGAGAAUCCUCCCGCUGCUGGACACGUGUCUACCCUGGAUGGUCGGUGUUAAGGAGCUGAGGACCGGGCUUGUCCAGGACUUCAGAACUAAACUAUGUCUGGAGUUAAAGAAACUAUUCCAUGGCAACGAGAUAUACGUGCUAAAAGUGUGGAGAUUUCUGGUGAAGCUUUUCGGAGAAGAACUCCACCACGGGAGCUUCAUCAACCACAUGCUGCCGCUGGCAGAGCUGGGCUUCAAACACGCCCUGGCCGAGGUGAAAAUAGAGGCCUUCAAGUCCUGGAAACACCUCAUCGACAACUUUGCACUUAAUCCAAGCAUAAUUAGUGACCCAAAGAGGAUAAAACUCAUAAUGCAAGUUUUCAAAAUCAAUAAUGCCAAAGUGGAAAGUGUUGCCAUGGAGAAGCUUCAAAUAUGGUGGCAUUUUGUCAAAGCUCUUGGUCCGAAAAUAUCCCAAAACUUCGACCAGGUGGUGGUUCCGCUGCUCCACUUCUGUAUUGGGGGCAACAGGAACAGCCCUGCCAACUCCAUGACGCCGACAACGCCACACAUGGGUCUGAAGAAUGCUUUGUCCAGUCCUGCCACUCCCCGCCUCAAUCUGACUGUCAGCAGCCCCGGCCUGUCCCGCCCCGUCUUCCCCACACUGCAACUCCGGGGCUGUGACAUCCUCGCCCACGUCCUUGUGUGUCCAAGCAAGAUGUCGGAUCUCCCCAGGGUCAGCUUUUCACUCGAUGGUCUGGCAUGUGAAGUGGUCAGCGGGACGCCCAUGUUCCUGAAACAUGCCUCUGUGAUAGUGUCCAGUAGUCUUGACCUUGUCUGUGCCCAGGGACCUCACAUACCAGAGUCCCACCUGAUGUUCAUUUGGCAGUGUCUGCUGUUCCACCUCCGUUCCGCCAUCGAGUCAUCCUCGCGGUCUGAGAAUAGAGAAGCUCUGUCCAGCUUUCUCGGACACUUCCAGACACUCGUCUUCAGCCAGAGUCUUCCCCCCAAAACUGUCAUGAAACUAUUUCAUCCUGUGUGUAACUUGCCCCAAAAGGCACUGGCAUCAACAGCGUACAACAUCAACAGCGGCAAGGUCGUACGGGGGACACCGGCUCUGUUCCUGUGUGAAGUUCUGCUGGCACCAACCCUUCUCAAAGAUUUGGCCAGCUCAGAAAAUUUCAUCAGCCUGUUUUCGACUCUGAUCAACUGUGGGACCAGUACUGUCACCGGAGUUCUGGAGUUCUGCCAGGCAGUGACCAACGUCGUCAACGAACAGGCUUCCUUCAUCACCAACCCUGACGCUCUCUGGAGGCUCUGGAGCAUCCUCGCCAACACAUUGCAGGAACAUAUUGUCAAGACAAACGAGGUGAAUCAAGGCGACUCCCUGGAAUACAACUUCGACUCCUUGUACACGGUCUUGUUGUUCCCUGUCAAAAACAAACUGGGGACCCGACUGACACAGCCUAUCUGCAAGUCACUGCUGAAGACGUGGGGAGAGUUGUACAGGAGUUUUGCUCGUCUCUCAGCCCUCGUGACAACUGCAGAGGCCAACAUUGCUUGUGAAGAAUUUUGCCAAAAAGUCCUCCAGUGUCUUGAAGACGAGUCGUGGAAGGAGAGCGGAGUGUUGGAGUUCGUGGCUCAGAUGUGUCAGGUUGUGAUUGACAAUGUCGACUUCUCGUCACUUGGGACCGGCAGCGGGUUUGCUCAUGGAGCUUCUCUGAGUCCGUCAAAAUGGAUCAAGCGGAAGAACAAGCCAAUGGAGAAUCUCCAGUCCUUCAUUAAGUUGCUGGUCCACCUGGUGGAGAAUCUCGCGGAGUUGACAGAGUCAGGGGAGACAACUCUCACUGCCAAGCAGAAACCGGCAAAUGUGACUGCAGGUGCCACGCUGCUGGUGGACGUGUUGGCGACGUUGUUCACACACAUCAACGUGUCGACCAUCAUCGCACGGAUGCUGGGGCAGCUGGCCACGCCCACUUCCUGGUUCUUCUCCGCGUCCAGCAGGAAGACGUGCAGCAGGCUCUUUAACGCAGCGUUCAUGCAGAAGGUGGAGAAGCUGUGGCUGGAUAUUUCCACCUGCAUCCAGAGUCGCUACACCAUGCAGUAUGACACGGAGUUCCUGGCGUGUGUGUCGCCGCUGCUGCAGGAGACGUUGUUGCACCCGCGCCGACAGAUCAAGAACCAGUCUCUCAUUCUGUGGAAGGCCACCUUCAGUCACGCAGCCCCGCUCACCUACCCAGAAGAACUCAAGCCCGUGUUGAUGAAGGUGAAGGAGAAGACGCCUAUCAUGCUGCCGGGGUGGGUGCAGACGGACACCAACGUCAUUGAGGAGACACCCUUCAGCCAGUACAGCCAGAUGGACUCAUUCGCCCCCGAUGCCCGUCUCCCUGGGCUCCCCUCCCCACACAAGAUCGUGGGCAGCUUCAUGCAUAAGGCUGUGUCCCCCAAUAUAAAGAAGUCCCCCGCCAAACUGCCACCUCCUGAUGUCCGGCCUGUCGGUUCCGCCAAGAAGAAGCUCUCUGUCAACGACUUCAAAGAGGAGGACUUUGUGAUCAUCAAGACGUCUCCCAAGAAGAAGCGAGUUUUAACAGAGCACCAGAAGGAGGUGAUGAAGGAGAGGAGGACAAUCCCGGUGAUGUACAACAACCUUGACCUCUCCCAGGACGUGUCGCUCAUGGCCUCGCAGUUCAACACUGACACACAGCAGGAUUCCAUCAUGAUGCAGACACAGCCACCGUCGGAAGAUUCAGUCAUAGUCAUAAAUUCAAGCCAGUCACAAAACCUCGAACACGACAAGAGUAAAUCCUCUGUGCCCAAAUCUUCAAGCACGGAGUCUCUUGCGGAUGAUCCCACGUCUGAUGUGAAGAGAGGACGCAGGCGACGGUCAGUCCGAUUCAGCAAUGAUGACAGCCAGGAGAAGGAGGGAGAGAAGGCGGAGAUGAAGAGCCCCCCCAGUGCAACCCCAACUCUCCGGUCACUCAGGUCGAGGAAGGAUACAAAACAGUCUGACGAGGAUCAGAAGUCAAAUGAGAAAGAACUGACAUCAACAGAAAAGAAAUCCACCAAGAUUGAUUGUGAAAAUUCAAAAGAUAAGGAGGCUGACAAAGAUUCAAGAUCAAAAGUGACUAAAGAUGCUGAGUUGGUCAGUUCAAGCGUUAAUAUCGACUCCAGUGACCCCUCACCGAGUCCCUCCUUGAAGCAGAACCUCAUGCACGCGCUCGGAGAUCAGUGGUUGAAUACCCUGAAAAGUACAUCAAGUUCGUCCCUGGGGAAAAGUGAUUCUUCAGAGGAGAGCAGAUGUGGGGAAGAAUCGGUGAGAGAAUCGGGGAAUUCUACAAGCAGCUCCCAGAAUUCACAGGAAGGAAGUGGGGAACAUUUCAGUCCAUUCAAGUCAAUCAGUCAGUCGCCACCUGAACGGAAGUCAAGGUCACCGGGGAGGAAGACUCUCAGCCAGGAGGUGACAAGUUCCGCGAAAUCACCCACUAGGAGCCGGGAUCGUAGUAAAAGUUCUCAAGCUGGUAGCUUAGAUAAAUGGUUGGUGAAGUCGCCAGCCAAAGGUAAAAGUUGUGUGAUAGAUGCCAAGUCUCCGGAGGACUCAUUCGUUCCAGAUACUCAGUUGUCGACCACAAUGGAGGUGUCCCUGUUACACUCUGUAGUUGAAGAUACAAUGUCUCCUUCGAAGGGCAAGCAUAUGGCAAACAAGUCGUCACACUCAUUCGUUGAAGACACACAGUCUCCCUCAAAGUUUAGUCAAAAGAAUUUGUUCUCCCCAGAUAUUAAUGCUUCGAUUGAGGAGACUCCAGUAAAAGAUUCAUCCAAUAUUCUGCCCGGUCCGUUAUCACUACCCUCAAGUCGCAACUUGUUCGGGGAAUGUGACAAGGUUGCAAGUCAGGACCAAGAAUCGGAUGACAAAGAGACGGACGUUAAGCUCGGCACGCCUGUUUUGAAAAUCAAGAAGCUGACAACUGAAGAGAUCAGUGUGCUGUCCCAUGGAUCUCCCGAAAAGGCAGUGUCAAAAGCUCUGUUCAAAGAACCGUUGUCAGUUUGUGAAGGUGGCACGUCGGAAGGCAAGGAUGUUCCGUGUUCUCAAGGGUUUCCGACAGCAGAGACAAGUGAGGACCAGGAAACUAUGGAAUCCCAGUUCAGUCCUGUGUUUCCAAGGAUAUCGAGUGAGAGACCAGACUCUCAGAUAUCUAUCAAUUCUGAUCCUGAGUUGCCUGGCAUUUUGAGCUUUGGACAAAGAGAGGAGUUGAUAAAUGCAUCAAGUUCAUCCUCAAACUACAGCGUCAGUGUCCUCAAUGCCGAUUCGGUUAAAAGUAGUUCUCAAGAUUCUGCUUCUCAAAAUUCUGGGUUAUCCAAAGACAAAGAGGUGGGUCUGGACGCAGGGGACAAAUUUACAGAAGAGCUGUUCGAAACAUGUCCAACUGACACAGUGGAUGCAUACAACCCGGACUCAGUAUCUACUUUGAAGGAAGGGUCAUCCCAGAGUACGACAGAUUCAAGCAGCUCUCAGAGCACCAGCUCCAGCCAGAGCUCACAAGCAAGUGCAGUGGAGACUGUUCUGUCUGAAGGGUCGUACAAGGUCGACCUUGUGUCCACUCUGGCUGAAGAGCCUGCGUCAAGGAGGAGGAAGCAGGAUACGCCGAAGAAGAUGGGUCUGGAAGAUUUGAGGAGGACUCCGAGACAGAGGAAGAAGAAGACGUUCGAUGGUUUUGAGGUUGAUGGAAUCUCCAAGUCUGAGAGUUCGACUGAGAGUACUGCUUCCAGAAAGGUUGGUAGACCACCUAGUGCGAAGAAGAGGCUGGAGAAGUCUUCUGAGGAUAAUGAGAGCUCUCAGGAGAAGGGUGCUGAGAAGGAGGAAGAUGUGUUGGUAAAUGGAAAAGAGGAAGUGAAGAAGAAGGUUGGACGACAAAGAAAAGGAUUGAAAGAAAUUGACCAGAGUGACAGUUCUCAGGAGAAGAUUGUUGAGAAAGAGGAAGAUCUGUUGCUUAUUGGGAAUGAGGAGAAGGGGAAGAAGAAGGGUGGACGACGAAAAGUUGAUAUUUCUAGUUCACAGUCAGGGGAGGACAGUCAGGAAAAGAAUGAACCCAGAAGAGGAAGAAAACGAAAAGCUGAUGAGGAAGAGGAUGAGGAAGAAGAUGAUCUUCCUCUUUCUCAACUUAGUCAAUCAAAGUCCGCAUCGAAGAGGCAAGGAAGAAGUAAAACUGAUUCAGAGGAAGCUGAAGAGAAGACAAAAGAAGCACCCAAGAGGAAGAGAACGAGGAAGAGCCUAGCUGCUGAGAUGACAGAGUCUGAAAACCUUGAGUCUCAAAGGAGGAAGUCACAGAGUAGCCAGGAGUCCGUGGAUGUAUUGGAUCAGGAGAAAGCUGAUUUGGGCCAGGACUGUAAGCAGAAGGAAGGGGUCGAUUCUAUCGCUGAUGUUGAUGGGGAGACCAAAUCUGAUUCCCAAUUGAAGCAGGCUAGGAAUCCAGUUCAGGCUGUGACUGCAGCCUGUCUAGGAAGCUCUAGUUCCAGUUCUGGAGGUGAUGCUUCUGCUCCCUCUCAGGGAAAGAAACCGAGAAGGAUUCAACCCCAGAUGGUUGAACCGAGUCAGGAAAUGAUUCAUCCUGCAUUUACAGGUGCUCCAAAAGACUCACCAAUUAUUUUGGAGGAAAACCUGAGCGAGAAUCCUGAAAGUACUGAUUCAAAGGAGAGUGAUAGACAGACAGAGGAAAGUCAACAAGGAACAGAAGUUAUUAUUGUAGGAAUGGAGUUUGACAGUUCUAAAUCUCUAAAUGAGCAGACACCAGAAGAAUGCCAGAUGUCUAGUGAGGACAUUUCCAAGGAGGGAGAGCAGACGCCAUCUACCAAGCCGUCCCCAGCCCCUGUAAGGCGGAGUACCACCAAACAGAAGAUUGAAGCCGCAAGGAAAAGGUCAAUUUCCAAAAUGUCAGACAAAAAUUCGGAGGAUUUGAGUGUCGAAGAUGCAAAUGAAUGGACGGAGAGCAAAUGCAGCGCGGCAAAAACAGCUCUGAUACAGGAAAAGAAGAAUAAGGAUAUCAAAGAAAGUGAUAAACUUGACAGUCAGAUAGAUGUUAUUGAGCCGUCACAGGCUCAGAAUAAGUCCCUGUUUGUUAAUCUGGACCUGUCGUUUUGUAAGGACUCGCCUCGGGCAGUGGAGCAUGACAAAAUCAAGGGGAAGGUGGAUGAGAUAAUAAGUAGUUUGGCAAGCCCAGUAGCCCCCGGCAAGGCAGCUCCUCGGGGCAGUAAACGAAAGAGGAACAUGUCGAAGUUGAAAGUGUCCUCUCCGGUGAGUGUACGACUGCGGUCCUCGAAACUGGUUCUACGAGCAAGAGCCAAAUUAGCAGGUAAAUCUGUGUCCAGGGUUUCACCUUUAACUGUGGUUAGAACAAAGAACAGAGCAUCUCCCAGACCGAAGAGACUUUUGGAAGAAAUAGAUUCAAAAAUAGAAAUGGAAGUUGAGGACACAAAAUGUACAUUUAAAACAGAGGAUGCAGAUGGUGUGACUAGCAAUUGUGAUGUGGUUGCCAUGGCAACAGUUGAUAAUUCUGGUAGUGCUGUAGAAACUGAAAGUGGUUUGGAACAAAUUGAAAUUGGUUCAGAAAAAACUGAAAUUGGUUUAGAGCAAGAUAAAACUGUUUCCCCAAAAAAAUUAACUGGUUUAGAGCAAAAUGAAACUAGUUUAGAAAAAGAAACUAGUUUAGAAAAAGAAACUUGUUUAGAAAAAGAAACAAGUUUAGAAAAAGAAACUGAUUUAGAAAAAAAUGAUACUGGUUUUGGUGCAACUGAAACCGGUGGUGAUAUAACAAGUCAUGCUAGUGCUCCUGUUCGACCCAAGAUUGAUUCUCUAAAUGAUACCCCAAGGAAAUCAGCCGAAAAACCCAAACGCAAAGUGAUCCAUGCCCAUCGUGGCUUUUCCGAUUCCAAAGUGCUGAGCUUGAACAAAAUCCGGGCAAGGAACCGGUUGGCUGAUCGUGGAAUGAGUAUCGUGAGGCGCAGUAUACUGAAGCAAAAGAAUUCGAGCGAAAACAGCAGCCCCUCAAAGAGGCCAUGUGACCCUGACUUUCAGCCAAUCAAAGUGUUCCAGUUUCAUUCACCGAGUGCCUCCCCGAGCGCUGGGAUUCUGAAGAAGCGGCGCCUGAACUCCGACAUCCCAGUCAACUCUCCCUCCCCACCUUCCAAGCGGCGGGUUUCGUUUGCCGAGCCUAUCAUCAGCGGAGAAAGCCCUCAUCGUGGUGUCAGCCUUGACCUCAUCAAGUCCCGGAGUGCAGCAGGAAAGCAACUGUUCACUUUCCCCCGAAGACCUGCCAGCAGCCUGCGUGUCAUCGCCCCACUCAGCAGACCCAAGAAGACGGUUGUGGACAGUGGAGACUCACAGCCCAGCCAGUCACCGGUCAGCCAAUCACCGGUCAGCCAAUCACAGGCAAGCUACCGGAGCACGCAGGAGUCGCAACUGAACAGCUCCGACCCCGUCUACCCGGAUUUGAUUGGCUGCACCGAGUCCGUCACAAAGGUUCUGCCCCAACUGACGUCAUCUGUCUGGUCGCGCGGUCUGGGGCAGCUCGUGAUGGCACGCAACAUCCACACUGUUGGAGAUCUCAGCAAACUGACAGAGGUCGACAUCCACAAUCUCCCUAUCAGGUCACCAAAGGUCGUCACUGUGCGCAGAGUUCUGCAUGACCUUGAACAGCACCUUGAGGUCAAAAGGUCAAAGGAUGUCAAGGCCACAGAUUCGGAGUCGGAUCAAGAGGACAAGGCUGAAAGUGCAGUUUUCAAAGUACCGAGCGUGACCCCCAUGCAGUCACUGGAUACAAUAGAGGAGGACGGCGAGACGGAAACGAAGGAGCCCCGUGAGGAGGAACCCGACUCCCUCCCUGACAUGGAGGUCGCUCUUGAUGAACUCGUGCCCAGAAACGCGGAUGACGAACUUAACAGCAGUAUUGAAGCGGAGCCUGAAGGGACAGUGGAGAGUGCAAUCGAGUCAUGUGACCAACCAAAUAGCCAAUCACAGAGCACAGCCAGUUCUAGCCAAUCAGAUUCAGUGUUUCUAACAGACUCAGUAGCCGAUGCCCAAAGAGGGCCUACACAGACUCUGGAACUUGUUUCAACUGCUGUCAGUGCUGAAGAUCAUGGUGCCAAUCUUGCAAAGGUUCUGGAAUCUCUUGUGAAAGAAAAUGACUAUAAGCGUCUCCAGAAGAUGAGGACUGGAGACCUCUUCCAGGUUCAUCAGCACCUCACACAUCUGUCAAACAUUGUUGUCACGGCGAUGAAGAGUCGAUGCCAUUCGCCCACUAAUUCCCAGUGAGUCGUUGAUACUGGGGAUCGGGGGGUUAGGAUGACCGGAAAAGCAACUUCGCAUCACUAACCAGUCUUCAGAUGACAGGAUGGUUUGAUGGACAACGAGCUCAACUAUCGUAUUAUAUUAUGCCAAAUCUUUCACAAAAGUACACAUGGAGUCGCGACCAAGGUUACAAGAAUUGUAUCAGAACAGAAUUAAUUGGUUAUUAUGUUGAAAGUAGUUCUAAAGUGAUUUUUCUUACGGUGCAAGAUUCAAAAUAUGUUUAUAUAUUUUUUGUCAGAUUGGUCAUUGACUGUUGUUGAAAUACAAGACCAACAAAGGACAACCUGGAUAUUCAGUUCUAUACAUGGACCCAUUCGUUACACACGUUUGUUUGAAAGUGACAACACCGUUGCCAAUAUUCUAAUCUGUGGCAGAUUAUCCCUGGCACAGGAGUGUGAUUUGAUGCAAGGCUAUUUCAAGGAUGGCAUGACAGUAUAUAGGUCAAAUGAUUGAAACACUGGUAUGACAGUAUAUAGGUCAAAUGAUUGAAACACUGGUAUGACAGUAUAUAGGCCAAAUGAUUGAAACACUGGUACAUAGUGCCAAAGGGGGCACCUGUUGCCCACUCAUCUAGGGCACCUGUGUUCACUGUGCAGAGUUACAUCCCUUUGGUGUGCCAGGAACCUAUGAUAAUUUGCCCUAAGGUUUGUUGCACCAUGUCGGUGAUUGUGUGUUUAAUUAAAGUGUAAACGUCUAAGACCUGCAUCACUUUGGCUUUCCACCCACCUUUAGCUGACUCACUGUGACAAAACUGAAAUACUGUCCAAAACGGCCUCAAACCUCCCAACUUUAGCAAUGUAGAUUGGUGCUCACACUAUCAACCACUGGUUUUGUCAGGAUUUAGUCUCCUCAGUGGAUUGAUUCACCAGACAUUUAUUCACUGUUCAGGGUUAGAACUAAACUCAAAACGUUUUACUAGCCCGAUAAAUAUAACUUGCACUGUUAAAACAAGGUGGAAAUUGUGAAUUUGUACUAGCCCACAGCAAUUUGUGCUAGCCUCAGACUAGCGGGUAGUGUUAAAUCUAACCCUGCAGUGUUGAUGAUAUUUCAAGAUUUAAUGUACCGUUAUUUAUUGGAGUGAUUUUAAUAGUUUUAAUCUUAGUUCUGUGGUCGGCAUGAAACGUCCAUCAGACGAAGGAGGACUUUUCAGUUGCAUGUCUUUGUCAAUCAUGAUUCUGGAGAGUUAAGUGGAUUUAAGAAGAAUUAUUUUCAUCCAGUUUUUUUUUCUAUCAAUUUUGAUACAGGUUAAGAGGAAUAAAUAUGCAUCAUUAGAAAUAUUUAUUAGAUGUGUGGGCGAUACCUUCAAUGCUUCUCUGGUUUCUAUGCACCAUGUUCCUCCAUCGCGAGUGAAAACAUGGCCGCUGUGAAGAGUACUCGUGGUAAGCAUACCUGACUUUAGUGUCGUAAUGAAAUCAGACCACAUACAGUGUAUAGCCUCUACUGGUGUGAGUGCCACCAUCUCCUGCCAUGAGGGACUGACCAGGUCAUAUUCUGGGGAGGGCUGGGUGUGGGGGAAUUUUAUCGGGAAAAAGAAUUUGUCUGCCACAGAAAGUACAUUGUUACAAGAGGAUCAUAAUUGAAAACAUUAAUCAGCUGUUGAUGAAUAACUAUCUGGUCGAAAUCCCUAGCCCAAGGAUAUCAAAUAGUCAGUCCCUUCAGUACUGUAUUGAGCAGAUGGCUGUAAGGCUUGGCACAUAUUGCACAGUUGUUGAUUGAUUGAUUGAUUGAUUGACAUGCUGGGUCCAGGACUUGAUUGAUUGAUUGAUUGAUGGACAUGCUGGGUCCAGGACUUGAUUGAUUGAUUGACAUGCUGGGUCCAGGACUUGAUUGAUUGAUUGAUUAAUUGAAGUACAUGAUGGGUCCAGGACUUGAAUGAUUGAUUGAUUGAAGUACAUGCUGGGUCCAGGACUUGAUUGAUUGAUGGAUUGAAGUACAUGCUGGGUCCAGGACUUGAUUGAAUGUUGAUUGAAUCUUUUCUUAUUCUUUUGUGAGAUUCCAAUGUUCCUGACAGAGGACGGGUGAUAAGGAACAGUGUAUACACCUGUGAAGUGCUGACCAUAUGUGGCCAAGUCCGUUUUGAACCUGGACUGACCCUUGGCGUUGGAUCUAGGUGGAGACCUGAGACCAUUUCAUUCAGAAUCGAGUGGAAAACUUCAUGGAAUAACUAAAGAAAACCCGCUCUGAAAUUCUUUUCACUAAGGAAAACAAAUAUAGUUUUCUGCUAUUUUUGAUUGGUAAGCAAGUGUUAAACAUUCCAAUUGCCCUUGGGAAAUAUUUGCAGCCACAUGUGCAAGUUAAUUAUUCACUGAUUCCCCGAGGAAGUAAUGGGGUUCUCUGUCAUGGUGUCAGGGUGUGAAGACUGUUGGUCAGGGUGUGAAGACUGUUGGUCAGGGUGUGAAGACUGUUGGUCAGGGUGUGAAGACUGUUGGUCAGGGUGUGAAGACUGUUGGUCAGACUGUUGGUCAGGGUGUGAAGACACAAUAAGUGUCCAAUUAUCCAUGAUAAUUCUUGCUUUUGUUCACACUUUUCAUUGUUUUAUCAUUUUCAUUGUUUUUAAUCACAAAAGCCACAAUUUCAGAGAAAAUCAUCUUUUACAGAUCAACUUACAUUGAAAGUGAUUUUGCUUGUGACGAAUGGCACAAGGACAUUCUUGUGAUUUUAUAAACUUUGCACAGGCCAUCCUGUAGGACAAUGAACCAAUCUGAAACCCUGCAUUAAUAUCAAAUUUAAGCUUAACUACAUCAACUCUGUGAUGAAGUCUUUCACAGGCAUUUAGAAGUUGGAAGUACAGGAAUACAUGCCAUGUUUUCAUGGAUGACAACUGCCUUGUUCCUGGUCCUGUACCGUGUCCAAAGUUGUGGCCAAGAUACACUAAGAAAGACAUUGAAGUAUGAUGCUGUCCAUAGCCACAAUCAAUCAUUUAGUGAGGAAGAACCACCAUAUUUUAUUACCAUUCAUCCUACUAGAACUUGAUUUUACCCAUUUCACAGCAUUGAAGUGCUGAGUAUUGAUUUGAGUGCUGAUUAUAUCAACAUAUUCACAUUUCUUUCAGUGAUGGUAACCUCAUUAAGUGAGAUUGGGAUACUGAAACAUUUCAUAGUGUGAUGUUUUGUUUUUGGUCGUUUAUUGUUUAACGCACUCAGCAAUAUUCCAGCUAUAUGACGGUGGUCUGUAAAUAAUUGAAUCUGGGCCAGACAAUCCAGUGAUUUACAUCCUGAGCAUCGA